AUGAGGCCUCGGGUAGAAAUGGGAUCUCUGCGCUCCUCCAUGAUCCGCUGCCAUUCCGAUCUCAGCUUUCCAGAUGAUACCCAAUAUGGAGAUGAGCAACCAGUUGAUAGGUUACAUUGUUCCAGUAAACAUGAGCCUUCUUCAGGAGUAUUGAUCGUGAUGGUCACUCCAUUUCUGGAUACCAAUAAACAGGUCGGAAAUCACAAUCGCUAA